AUGGGAGCCGGGCUACACCCCACCAAGCUGGCGGUGGCCGCUGUGCUGCUGGUGGCGCUGCUGGUGGCGCCUGGCGCCGCCGCCGCUCGCCGCCUGCGUCACGCGGGCCACGCCCUGCAGCAGGGGCCCCACGGGCGCGCCCUGCUUGUGGAGCGCCGCCACGCCCUGGAGGUCUGCACCAACUGCCUCUCCCUCCAGCCCAGCAAGCCGCUCCCGCUGCCCAGCGACGGCCUGUCGGCCGCCGCGGCAGACCUGGCCUGGCUGGCAGACCCCUACUCGGUGGGCAUCACCUGCAAGGACACCUGCACCCCCGAGCAGCAGGCCGCCUGGCUGGCCAACGUCACGGCCGCUGCCCAGAAGAUGGGCGCUACGGCUGUGAGCCUGGUCUACAUUCCAGAGUCCCAAGCAGCCGCCCUGCUGUUCUCCACCCCCAACAAGAUCUUCGUGGCCUUUGGAGGCCCCCUGCUCUUCUACGACCCAGACCUGCUCAUGGACACCGACGUGGAGCCGCUGGCAGACCUGUCCCUGGGACCGCACGGCCUGCCCGCGGGGCAGGGCCCCGUGCAGGUGCACGGCGGCCUGCUGGACGUCACCAACGGAGUGUACAAUGAGCUGGCCAAGGCGCUGGGCGAGCUGGACCCCAACGGCACCCUGCCCGUCUACUUCACCGGGCACGCGCUGGGCGGCGCGCUGGCCACCCUCAGCGCUGCGCUGCUGCAGAGCUGGACGCCCCCCGCCACCACCAACGCCACCGUGGCCGCCGUCUACACCUUUGGCUCCCCCCGGGUGGGCAGCGCCAGCUGGGCGCAGGCAUACUGGAACCUGGGCCUGUACAACUACACCCUGCGCUACGUCUACUCCAAGGAUGUCAUCCCGCUCAUCCCCCAGGACUCCACACCAGGGAACGGGUAUGACCACAUCGGCCGCGUUGUGUACCUGCCCGGCUGCUCCCCUAACUGCUCCGAGGAGACCUGCGGUGCGUACGACUACUGCGCAGGCUCCAACACCACCCUGCAGCAGGAGACGUGCUACCAGGCGGAGUUCCAGAUGGAGAAGGUGUGCAACCUGGAGGGCGUGCCCGACAACCUGCACUGGACCCUCAACACCACAGUGGGCAGGCAAGCCUGCGCUGCUGCUGGCCUGGCCUGCUGGCCUGCCCGCUGGCCUGCUGACGGCGUUUUGGGCUCGCGCUCGCUGCUGUGCGCUUCUGCUGCCGUGGGGCUGUACGACCCGCCCGCCUGCUGCAUGUUCAAGACCCUGUCCGACAUGUUCCUGGACCCUGUGAAGUACGGCAACCCCAUCCAGUACAUGCAGAACUACAGCAACUACUACCCUGACUGGGUCAAGAGCCAGUGCAGCGGCGGCGGCGGCGGCUCGGGCGGCGGCGGCUCGGGCGGCGGCGGCUCGGGCGGCGGCUCUGGUGGCAACGGAGGCAACGGCGGGAACGGAGGCAACGGCGGCAACGGAGGAAACGGUGGUGGCGGCGGCGGCGGCGGCGGCGGCGGCUGGCCCACCACCUCCCCUCCUCCUCCUUCUUGGUGGUCAAACCCACCCGAGUACGCACCUGUCGCUGCGCCUGCUCCGGAGCCCUCCUGGGAGCCCACCUGGCCCCCGACAUGGGCUCCAGAGCCCGAGUGGUCUCCGCCCACCUGGUCCCCGCCCACCUGGGCGCCCGCUCCCGCCCCCUGGGCCGAUGCGCCAUGGGCCGAUGCGCCAUGGGCUGAUGCUCCUGCGCCAGAGCCCUGGGCCGAUGCCCCGGAGCCCGAGUGGAGCUCCCCUCCAGCAUGGGCGCCCUCGCCGGAGCCGCAGUGGAGCUCGCCGCCCACGGGGGAGCCCGCCGAAGCGCCGGCGCCUUCUGGCGGGGACGAUUCCGUGAACACCAGCUCCAUCUCGCCCACGCCCAGCCCAGAGCCCGCGCCCAGCCCCAGCCCAGCCGAAAAACGGCGGCUUGCAGAGCUGCAUGACUUGCUGCAGCACCUGUGCACUCGCGUCUUCCUCAGGGCGCACGCGCCCCCGCACAAGCGGCUGCCCGUCCGCCUCUUCCUCACCGCGCACGGCAGCAAGGUGUGCUUCCUGGAUGGCGGCGUCCCCUGCUUCAAGGCGGAGCUCACGGGAGAUGCGGCCAUGGAGGCCGGCAGCUCCGCCAGCGCCGAGAUCCAGCGGGCGCAUGACUGGUUCCUGGCUGCCUGCCGGAUGCUGGCGCACAGCUGCACCCCGGGGGGCGACGGCGAACCAGAGAUGAAGGGCGCCCUAAACGUGGAUGCACUCCUGCACUUGUGCAUAUCGGUGCUGCUUGCCGGGAGCCUCACGAAAGUUGUGCUGGUGGUGACGCACAAGGGCAAGAAGAAGCAUAUUGCACCCGCAGGAGCUCCAGCAGGGCCCCCUGGGGAUGGCAGGGUUGCCGCAGUGGCAUUGCCAGUCAGCGGCGGCGGCGGCCUCGUCGGCGCCGCCGCCGCUGAAACGACGCCGGCCCGACCAGUUGCCGGCGUCGUUUCCAGCAGCGCCGCAAACAGCAGUAGAGUCGAGCCUGUGCUCGUGCAUUGCGUGGAAAGCAAGAGCGAGAGCGAGGAGGAGGCCAGCAGCGGCGGCAGCGCAUACCAAGACGCCUCCAGCCCCGACGACAGCGCGGACGAAGAGCCGCCGCUGCUGCUGAGCGAGGCCGCCAUCGACGCCGCAGCAGUCGAGCUGUUUGGUGCUGCCGACGCCGGCAGCAGCGACGGCGGCAGUGACGGCAGCGGCCACCAUGCCCCACGCCUCUGGCAGCACCGAGCGCAGGAGCUGCGGAAUGGCACCGCCUUUGACAGGGUGGCGGUGGCGCUGGGGCACGAGUAUGCGUGCUGCCGUGAGGCCCCCACCCACAUGGAACCCAUCUCUGUGGCAGGCCACGAGCUGCUGGUGCCAGACGCAGUCGGGCCGGCAGGCGGGCAGGCGGCCCUGCCAACCCCCGUGCAGAUGCACACCCUGCACCGCCUGCUGCACCGCCUGCUGCGAGACAUCUUCCUGCGUCAGGCCGCGGCGCAGCAGGCCCCACGCUUUGGUGUUUACUGGGAUCCUGACGAUGUGGCCAUGGGGUAUGUGGAUGCGGCGGGCACGCCGUGGUUCAAUGCAGCGCAAGACCCCCCAGAUCCCGCCUCCCAGCCCGAUGUGGCGGGCAGCUCGGCGGCACACGGGAACUACAAGGCCAGCCGCGCGCGCGCCUGGUUCCUGGCCGCCUGUCACCUGCUGGCGCACACCUGGGGGGCUUCGCACGACGAUGUGCUGGCAGAGGCGCACGCGCAGUGGAGCUGCAAUGCUGGUCAUUGCGGCUCGCUGGAUGUGGGCACAGGAGAGGAGGGAGGCAGGCGAGGUGGAGGCAGGCGAGUGGCGGCCAGCCAGCCCGCUGAGACCCAGCCCGCAGCGGCUGACAAGGCCGCCGGGGCCUGGCAGGGGCGCUGGCGGCUCACGAGCGAGUUGUCAGUGGAGGCGCUCCCAUCGGCGGAGGCGCUCCCAGACCUCGGCCAAUCCAGCCGUGCCGGCACAAGUGCAGACAGCAGCAGUGACGGCAGCUCAGGCGAGGAGCCGAUCCAUCCUGUGCUGGAGAGCACAGCCCGGAGGCUGUUCAGCACCGGCAGCGCGCCAGAUGCGGCUUGCUCAUCGGUGGCGCCGGCUCCGCCGCCAGCUUCGGGCCAGCACCCUUCCAAGCCCUAUGCCAUGGUUCACGGUGGCAUUCACACUCCCACCGGCAAGGAGAUUUGGGUGCCCAGCUGGUGGCUGGACCUGGGAGCCAUGCCUCACAUUGCUGAUGAGCAGAGGAUCCAGCUGGGCACCCUGCACAUGCAGCUGCAGCAGCUGCUACAAGAAGUCUUCCUGAAGGGCUGGGGCAAGGAGCCUGCCUUCCACCUGUGCUGGGACGAAGCAGAGAAUGAGGUGGGGUUCCUGGAUGCCAACGGCACAACUGUGUGGUUCAAUGCAGCCGCCUUCAGCCCGGCACCCCAGGAGCAGCCCGGUGCAGGCAGCUCGCCGCAGCGAGAGCUGGAGUGGCGCUGGUUCAAAGCGGCCUGCCACAUGGUGGCCGGGGCAUGUGGUGCAGACCAAAAUGCUGUCAUGGACUUUUGCAAGCACCACUUUUAUCUGGCCCCGCUUUGA